UUUGGGUCUUUAAAUAAUUGAUGUUGAAUUUUUAACGAUUCAUUCGUUUAGGAAGGAUAGCACCCUUUCUUAAAAUUAAAAUUGCAGUUUUUAAAUUAAUUACAACAACAAAAAAAUAAGAAAAACCUGAAUCAAAUAGUUUUGGUUAAUAUCCCUUUAUUAAGUGACCAAAUUCAAAACACAUGGUACUUUGUGCCUGACCACCGUUUAUCCCAUUUUUGAUAAAAAAGUGACACUUUAAUAUCCUAUCGAUUACUGGCCAAUCAAACCAUCACUACUAGAACCGCGUACAGCUUUCUCAUAAAAAUUAGUAUCGCGUCCCCUUCAAAUUGGCAAAUUCCCCGAAAUGUUGAACGCAAAAAUCCAAAAAUGUAACGUUGACCGAUCUCUCUACAAGAAGAGAUUAAGCGAUUCAGACAUUAAAAAAAUGCUUAGCUUUGUUAAGCGGAAAAAAGGAAAACCGAUGCCCUCUGCCAGAAAGUAUUACGAAACCAUGAUAGAGGCAACGGGAAUCGAAGGAUCUUGGCAGAACAUGAGAUCCGAACUACAAUUUCUAAAAAUGACGCUGUCAAGAGCAAAUUCUUGGCUGAAUAAUGUUGACUUUUCGCGGAAUAACAAGGAAAAGGCAAUAGACUACGCGCGUGACUGUUAUUGCCCAUAUUAUGAUCAGCUAGUUGAAAUAUUUGGUUCUGAUUUUAAAACUUCAGAAGAGUUGAAUAAAAACAAAAACUCUUCCGGCUCCGAUGAAAAACAGAAUCAAGCUGGUACGUCUAAGCCGAGAAUCUCAAGGAGGGAAAGCUCUCCUCAGAAAGCUAAAUUGCAGAACGAGAAUGUUCACCUUCAACGGAUUAAAACGAAGGAGGCAGCCGAAAUUGAGGAAAAGAAAGUUGAAAACCAAUUCCUUUUCAGAAAAUUAGAACUGGAGGAAAAUGAGAGAAUUGCAUUGUUCGAGAUUAAAAUGAAAUACAACUAAGCCUAAUAUAUAAAGUCAGAAGGUCAACUAAACACCGUUCAAAGCUCAAUUUUUCUCUGAGAUUUCGAAUUUAGUUUUAUGUUUAAAAUACGUUCUUUCCUUGCUUAUAUACUUUGAAUUUAAUAAUUUGUAUGUUUACUUAACUAAAAGUUGUAUGCUUUAGUUAUGAUUAUGUACAUGUCAACAUGAUUUAAAAUUUUGAGAUAUGAUUAAAAUCGAAAUGUGUUUUUUUUAGAA